AUGGCCUCCCCCGCGCGCGUGCCGCCCAAGGGCGUCUUCGUGCCGUCGCCGACCUUCUUCCAGCCGCCACCGGCCGACGGCUCACCGGCAGCGGUCGACGUGGCGGCGCAGGUGGCGCACAGCGUGUUCCUGGCGCGGGCAGGGAUCACGGGGAUCGUGCUGCUGGGGUCGACGGGUGAGGCGAUCCAUCUAACACGGCCCGAGCGCGUCGCGCUGGUGGCGGGCGUGCGCGAGGGCGUCGGUGCCGGCUACCCACUGAUGGCCGGCGUGCUGACGAGCGGCGGGCUGGCCGACACGCUCGAGUGGCUGGCCGACGUCGCGGCCGCCGGCGCCGACUGGGGCCUCGUGCUGGCGCCGGGCUAUUUUGGCGCCGCUGCGUCCCAGAGCAGCCUCGCCGCCUGGUACGCGCGCGUCGCCGACGCCAGUCCGAUCCCGAUUCUGGUGUAUAAUUAUCCCGGGGUGACGAACCAGGUGCUCGUCCUGCCCGAGACGUACCCCACUCUGGCGGCGCAUCCGAAUAUUGUCGGGUGCAAGAUGUCCCACGGCAACGUGUCGCAUCACGUGCAGGUCUCGCUGGACCCGGCCAUCGACCACGACCGGUUUCGCGUGUACAGCGGCUUCGGGCAGCAGCUGGGGCCGAUUGUGCUGUUCGGCGCGGCGGGCGUCAUCGACGGCAUGGCCGCCUUCUUCCCCAAGACGGUGGUGCGGCUGAUGGCGCUGGCGCUGGCGGCUGCCGACGAGAACAACACGGAGGCGUCGGGCUCUGCCGCCGAGAUCCGCCGCCUGCAGUUCGUCGUCAGCCGUGCCGAGGAGUUCGUCGUGCGCUACGGCCUCAUCGGUAUCAAGGAGGCCGUGUUCCGCGUCACAGGCAUCGGCGCCUUCGACACGGGCCGCCUGCCCAUCGUCGGGAAGCUCCCAGACGGCGAGUGGGACAAGGCCAGGGGCUUGUUUCUGUCCGAGAUUGAGAAGACGGAGGCGAGUCUGUAG